ACACUUUGAGAGAGAAAGAAUUAGCAGCAGCAUUACAUUGGAAACUUUAUUUAGAUCAAAGAAGAUCGAGGAGGAGAUGGUGAGGAAGAGGAAAUGUGCCGAUGAGGCCAAUGACGGCGAGCCUCCAAGCAGCAGCUGGGAGGAGGUGGCAGCAGCUGCAGCCGCACUUGGAGGCGCCCGGCGUGCCCGGAAGCGCUUCGUAGGGGUGCGGCAGCGGCCGUCGGGGCGGUGGGUGGCGGAGAUCAAGGACACCAUACAGAAGAUAAGGGUGUGGCUCGGCACGUUCGACACGGCAGAAGAUGCUGCUCGGGCCUACGACGAGGCCGCCUGCAUCCUCCGUGGCGCCAACACCCGCACCAACUUCUGGCCCUGCUCCCCUUCGCAGCCCGCCGGCCCACCGGCACUCCCUUCCAAGAUCACCAACCUCCUCCUAACGAGGCUGAGGGCCAGAAACAACUCCGGCUUUGCCGAAAGCCAGCAGCAGGCGGUGCAACAACUGCAGCCGGUGCAACAGCAGCUGUAUGGAACCACAGCAAAUGAAGGUGGAGACAUACAAUUCACAGACUUUAUAAAUGACCCGACAGAAUCUAUGUCGAAUCUUACUCAUUGUAGUGAUGGUGGUGGAGAUCACAUGUGCCAUUACUUGGAGAAUUGGGGUGACCAAGGAGGUGUAGGUGAAGGAGAAUUGGGCUUGGGCUAUAAUUACUUGGAGGAGGUGGGUCACUUUGGUGAGUGUGGAGAGGGAGUGCACCAGGAAGAGGGAGAUGGUGAAAUGGGAAUGAUGGAUUUCCAAUUCAUGGAUGCUGUGGAGGGAUCGUCAUCGAGUUUCUUUUCGCCGUUCGAGAUGGUGGAGGAGAUUGAGGAGCCAAUAGAGCAGGAGAGCGGCGAAGAUGAACCAUCGAUGAUUAGAGCUGCUAUGAAGAGGAUGAAGUAUGAGAGGAAGGUAUCGGCUUCUCUGUAUGCUCUCAACGGCAUAUCGGAGUGCUUGAGGCUGAAGCUUGGAGGUAGGAAUGGUGGAGAGUUGAUGGCUAAUCACCUCUCCAGCCUCAGAAAUGCAUGUAGGAAACAAAAGCAAGAGGAGGUGGUGAAGGUGGUGGACGGUGGAUCAGUUCAAGUGCCGGUCGAAAAUCCACAUAUCCAAUCCCAAUCAGAAUCUACUUCUUCUUCUCUUCUGUGCUCAUCUUCAUCUCCCAUCUCUUCGUCGUCGUCGUCAUCAUCACCACCACCACCACAACCUCCUCCUUCUUCGGCUUCAACUUUGAGCAAUGAUGGUGAAUCGUCUCUUUGGAGCUCUCUUGACCUUCCUCCCAUAUGCUACGUAGCAUAGUUUGAAGUGCUGCUCUAAUAAUCUCCAGCAACUCGAUCGUGUUCUAAUUUCAUUCUGGUAGUUUAAAAUCUUAUCAAUGAAUGCAUCAAUACUCUCUGAACAACCUGACCAAUGAGAGUGUUUCGUUUAGUCUGCAGAGAGGCAUACACUUUUCGCAGCCGGAGUUUCUGAUAUGUAUGUUAUGAGAAGAUAUGCAGAAACUUGGCUUUACUUGUCUGCUGGUAAUGGUUGUUAAAUUUUGAUCUAAUUACUCUCCCGCAAUAGAAGUAAUCAAGGAA